AUGAGAACCACAUUAUUCCACACACUUUUCUUAUUCUCGUCGAUCGGCAUAUCUCAAGCCCUAUUGCUAUUAGCUCGUAAUAGUAUUAUCGGCGCCACAGCAGACGAAGAUGAUGCCCUCACCACACAAGCCGUAUCCGGCAACUCAGACUGCGCUGCGGCUUCGGCAGAAACAUCAUUUUCCCUAAGUUUUAUCAGCUACGGGAACUACACCUCGAUACCGGGGGAAGGCGAAGACGACCUCUCGCCACCGCAGUUAGUAUCGAUGUCGUUUGCCGUGUCGAACGCGGCUAACGGCGUGUACACCAUCUGCGCCUUCCCGCUCGGACAUCUAACCGUUCCGUCCGACGGCUCGGGUGCUCCCGCCACGUGGGUUGAUAAUUCCGCGUGGCAGGCGUGCGCCGACCGCAAGGACUCGGACGGAAAGCACCGCUUUACUAUUGCAACCGGAGCUGCGUUCGCGCUUUCCGAUCGGUAUAUUUCGGUUAACCAGACUUGGUUCUGCCAUGAUGAUGCUGGGCGUUUGGUCGCAUAUACUGGUAUCGCGAACGCGACGCUGAAUCUAACUUGCGCCGACGGUGGUGAGGUGGGAGGUUACCAUGUCGAAAACUGUACUUCGCUCGAUGUGUCGCUCCCGGUGACGUUACUCUGA